AUGGAUGACCCACGGCGCCCGCACCACCAGGCGUCGCCCCCAGGCAGCGGCGGCGGUGGAAUGCGGCAGUUUCUCACACAGCUGGAGUCAUCAUCUUCCGCUACUUCACCUCCAUCAUCAUCAUCAUCGCCAUCAUCUUCUUCGGCACUCCCGCCAGGCGUCAUGGGAGGUGGGGAGGACACCACAAAGGCCCUGGAAGAGCUCCUGGGCAAGGCCACAAAGAUGGUCGCCAUGUCGGAAGCCUACCUUCGCCAGGCGCAGAAGGCGAUCGACCAGGGACGGCAGAGCUCGGAGAAGCUGGAGAUCUCCCACGGGCGCCUGGAGCUCAUAUCGGUGGAGCUCGACAAGCAGGCCCAGCUCACGGGCCAGCUGCGAUUGCGAAUCAAUGGCAUGCAACGAACGCUGCAGUCGUACAAAUCUCGAAGCAACGAGGUGAACGAAGCGCUGCAGGCGAUCUUUGAUACGCUCAAGACGCGCAGUCUCGAAGAGGGUCUUCUCACGAGCCAACAUUCCAAUCUCUACGAUUUUGUGGAUAGCCAAAGUGUACAAAAGCUGCAGCGGCAAGCCGUGCAGGAGAUCCGAGAGAUGGAGAAAUUGCAUAGGAAUGUAAAUACGAUCAUGCAAAGUGUAGAUACCGCUUUCAAAGGACUCAAGGCUGCUGCUGACGCCGCCGAGAUUCGAGUCGAUUUCCGCUUGUCGUACCCCACAGAAAAGACAUCGCUUCAGUUGAACGAAGCCAACGCCAUGUCCGCCAUUUCGCUUUCCAUCGCCUCGCACUGCGAUCAGCUCCGCCACUUGCUCCAGAGUCGAGCGGGUCCCAAGCCCCGAUUUGUUGACCUGACCGGCAUCCGCAAGCGGGCGGAGCAGCUCCCGAGUUCGCUCUCCCUGGCCUACAAUCGGCUUCAACGCAUCCAAGAAUCGACCAAGCAAAUCGAAGACAGAUGCCAGAAGUACGCCACAACGUUCCAGCGGGCGACGCAGGUCUUUGCGCAAUUCGAACAGUUUGGCGUCGACGUUCAGGAAGUGGUCCAUCAGAUCGACGAGCACGAGAGAGCGUUUGAGGAGCGGCGGGGCGAGGCCGCCUUCCUGUUCGAGGAGCUGGCCAACCUGACCACGUGGUAUGAGCUGUUCGGGACGGCCUACGAGGAGCUGCUGGUCGAAGUGGAGCGGCGGCACAACGAGCACAAGCGCAUGCAGGAGAUCGUGCUCGCCUACCAGAAGGAGCUCAACGUGUGGUAUCAAGUCGAGACCCAGAAACGAGAGAACUUUUUCGAAUUCUACGGCCGCUACCUGCCCCAGAGCCUGUGCCCGUCGGUCAUGGAAAACGCGCCGCGCUAUGAGAUCUAUCCGCUCCACUUCACCACGGCUCUGCCCCUGCUGGGCGGCAGGAGGCGGAGUGAGGACGAGCAGGCCGACGACGAGGGCGCCGCCGCUGGCGACGUCGAUGGGUCGGACCACCACGAACCCGGGCCGGAGAGGUCGCCAACGUCCGGAGAGAAGCAGGAGGCCAAACACGCCCGGGGUGUGGCCAAUUAG